UUUAUUCGUUCAUAGUCUGUGCCGAUCUACGUGUCCGAGGUUGCUCCAUACAAAUACAGAGGAGCACUUAACAUGUUGUUUCAAUUGGCAAUCACCAUUGGCAUUUUUGUUGCCAAUAUUCUGAACUACCUUUUUGCCAAGAUGGAGAACGGCGAAGGGUGGCACUAUAGUUUAGGUUUGGCAGGAGUCCCUGCAAUAAUAAUCAUCAUCGGUGCAAUGUUUCUUCCUGACUCUCCAAACUCGUUGAUCGAGCGUGGACAAGCUGAGAAGGCCAAGGAGGAACUAAUCAAGAUUCGUGGAACCAAUGAUGUUGACGAGGAGUUUAAGGAUCUUGUUGCUGCCAGUGAAGCCUCCAAACAGGUCAAGCAUCCUUGGUCUUCUUUGCUCAAAAGUGAGUACAGGCCUCACCUCACCAUGGCCAUAGCCAUUCCCUUUUUCCAACAAUUCACUGGCAUGAAUGUCAUCACAUUCUAUGCUUCCCUUAUGUCUUCCAUGAUUACCGGAGGUUGUAACGCCCUUGCCACCCUUGUUUCCAUCUUUACUGUUGACAAAGUUGGCAGACGAAAACUUUUUCUGGAAGGUGGUGCUCAAAUGUUUAUCUGUCAGCUUGUGAUCGCAGCUGCAAUAGGUAGCAAAUUUGGAACAGAUGGAAACCCUGGAGUUCUUCCCAAGUGGUUUGCCCUAACUGUUGUGGUAUUCAUAUGUGUCUAUGUGGCGGGAUUUGCAUGGUCGUGGGGUCCACUAGGAUGGUUGGUACCUAGUGAAAUAUUCCUGCUUGAAGUUCGAUCGGCAACUCAGAGCGUCAACGUUUCGGUUAACAUGAUCUUCACCUUUGCUAUUGCCCAAGUUUUCACUUCAAUGUUGUGCCAUAUGAAGUUCGGGCUCUUCAUCUUCUUUGCAUUCUUUGUCAUUGUUAUGAGUAUCUUUAUCUACAAGUUCUUGCCAAAGACAAAGGGUAUUUCCAUUGAAAAAAUUUCUCUUGUGUGGAAGAAUCAUCCUUAUUGAAACAAAUUCGUCAAG